GCCGCUCCUUUUUCCUUCCUCUUCCGUGCACGUCCAGCUCCGUGUACCUCUCCAGUCCCGCCAUGGCCGCGCUCACCCGGAACCCGCAGUUCCAGAAGCUGCAGGAAUGGCACCGUGCGAACCACGCCGAAAUCAACCUGCGGGACCUUUUUGAGCAGGAUCCGGAGCGCUUCAACCAAUUCAGCUUGAACCUCAACACCAACCAUGGACAUAUUCUGGUGGAUUACUCCAAGAACCUUGUGAACAAGGAGGUGAUGAAGAUGCUGGUGGAGCUGGCUAAGUCCAGGGGUGUGGAGGCUGCACGGGAAAACAUGUUCAAUGGUGUGAAGAUCAACUACACUGAGGAUCGGGCAGUGCUACAUGUGGCCCUCCGGAAUCGGUCCAACGCACCCAUUGUGGUGGAUGGCAAAGAUGUAAUGCCAGAGGUCAACAGGGUUCUGGACAAGAUGAAGUCUUUCUGCCAGCGGGUCCGGAAUGGUGAGUGGAAGGGGUACACGGGCAAAUCCAUCACGGACAUCAUCAACAUCGGCAUCGGAGGCUCUGACCUGGGGCCCCUCAUGGUGACUGAAGCCCUCAAGCCAUACUCUGCAGGAGGUCCCCGCGUCUGGUUUGUCUCUAACAUUGACGGAACCCACAUUGCCAAAACAUUGGCCAACCUGACCCCCGAGUCUUCCCUGUUUAUAAUCGCCUCCAAGACCUUCACCACCCAGGAGACCAUCACCAAUGCAGAGACAGCAAAGGAGUGGUUCCUCAACUCCGCCAAGGAUCCAUCUUCAGUUGCAAAGCACUUUGUGGCCCUGUCUACGAACACGACCAAAGUGAAGGAGUUCGGAAUUGACCCUCAAAACAUGUUCGAGUUCUGGGAUUGGGUGGGCGGCCGCUACUCGCUGUGGUCCGCCAUUGGACUUUCCAUCGCCCUGCACGUGGGUUUUGACAACUUCGAACAGCUGCUCUCCGGGGCUCACUGGAUGGACCAGCACUUCCGCAAGACACCCCUGGAGAAGAACGCCCCCGUCCUGCUGGCUCUACUGGGGAUCUGGUAUAUCAACUUCUUCGGGUGUGAGACCCAUGCCAUGCUGCCCUAUGACCAGUAUAUGCACCGUUUUGCUGCCUACUUCCAGCAGGGUGACAUGGAGUCCAAUGGCAAGUAUAUCACCAGGUCCGGUGCCCGGGUGGACCACCAGACAGGCCCCAUUGUGUGGGGGGAGCCGGGGACCAACGGCCAACAUGCAUUCUACCAGCUAAUCCACCAAGGCACCAAGAUGAUACCCUGUGAUUUCCUCAUCCCCGUCCAGACCCAGCACCCGAUACGGAAAGGUCUGCAUCACAAGAUCCUCCUGGCCAACUUCUUGGCCCAGACAGAGGCCCUGAUGAAGGGGAAGACGACGGAUGAGGCUAAGAGGGAGCUCCUGGCUUCAGGAAAGGGCCCCGAGGACCUGGAGAAACUCUUGCCGCACAAGGUCUUUGAAGGAAAUCGCCCAACCAACUCUAUUCUGUUCACCAAGCUCACACCAUUCAUUCUGGGAGCCUUGAUUGCCAUGUAUGAACACAAGAUCUUCGUUCAAGGCAUCAUCUGGGACAUCAACAGCUUCGACCAGUGGGGAGUGGAGCUGGGGAAGCAGCUGGCCAAGAAAAUCGAGCCUGAGCUGGAGGGCAGUUCCGCCGUGACCUCCCACGAUUCCUCCACUAACGGACUGAUUGGCUUCAUCAAGCAGCAGCGGGACAUCAAAAUGGAAUAAAGUCAGCCACGGCGCCACCGACUGCUCCUUGUCCCUCUCCAUCGUAUGCACUGCAUGGUCCUGCCCCUCCCUGCCCCGAGCACACCUCCGCUCACGGGCUUGGACUACAAGGCUUUGGAGAGGACCACCGUCCACCCGCUCUGCGUGCACCCUCUCCGUUGAAGCAGGCUCAAGUGCUUCGAUGCAUCUAUUCAUUCUGACCCGUAUUCACAUCCCUGUUAGAAUAAAGAUGCCAUGGAGGUGGCGUGGGCUCAGCC